CUCUAUUGUGUCAUUCCUCAAUCCUCAUUCAUAUCGUCUACGUCUAUCGACAAAUUGUCAUUUUUCAUUGUCUAGGAUAAAUUAUUAUUUAUUGUGCACUUUUCAUGGAUACUACGUUCAAAUAGUAAAAUUCUCUACGGAGUCGGUUGUUGAUAGCUUUGUUCACGUUUUAUUCAUUCAAAUGUUCCAAUAGCUACAUUUCUAAGCAAAAUGUCUUGGUUUGAAGUAUCAUCAGUAUUUAGAAAUAUUCAAUCCUCUUUUCUCAACUCCAUUACAAAUAACAAUAAAGUCAUCGAAGAGAAACAGCUCAAAUAUACCGAUUGUGCUGUUAUUUGCCGUGAGGAGGAUUUAAUUUUGUAUCAAAAUCAGACCUCUUCCGAUAUAAAAUAUGACAUUGUGCUCUUGAGGCCUCACUCGGAUCAAGCUUACAGUUUGCACAGAUCAAAAGAGCUUGAUGAUGCUCAAGUGCAGUACAUUGCUCUCAAAGACAAAUUACCAUUGUUGGUCAGCGUGAUGCCCUCUGCUUGUAACGCAAACAGUAUACAGAAGAUAGUUGACUUAUUGAGAGAAAAGCAAUCAUGGAGUGUAGGACAUAUGAUUGUACAUUUCAAAUGGAGUAAUUGUGUCACUCAUCCAAUAAUCCAGAGCUUCUUAAAUGUGUCCGAUCUUGAAACUGGGAUGACUCCUAUCCAACUUGCCAUACAGAAUAGAGAUAUAGCAAUUGUGAGACAAUUAAUCGUAGCCAAUGCCUCCCUGGACCUUCUAGAUAAUCAACGAAACUCAGUUUUCCAUUACGCUGCUAGUUCCAAUAAAGAGAUAGCUUUGGCGUUAGUAGAAGCGAAAACCGAAGAUGAGGUGAAAAAGUUCCUGAACGAACGCAACGCAGACGGCUACACGCCUCUGCACAUCGCAUGCCAGACCGACAACCCCGACUGCGUGAAGACAUUCCUGCAGAGUGGCGCCGACUGCAACAUCACAGCUGCCAAGUUCAACCCAACCUCACAGCAGUCGGCCAGCAGUUCACCCGGCUAUGUGGCCGAUUUCAUGAAAGCCAAUCAAAACAAAUUGCACAUCCAGGAUAUGAAAUUUGGUGGCACUCCUUUGCAUUGGUCUUGCUCUCGAGAAGUGAUCGAAACCUUGGUUGACAGAAACUGUGAUGUGAAUGCUCUGAAUUUCGACGGAAAAACUGCUCUCCACAUGAUGGUAAUGAGAAAUAGGUUAGCCUGUGUGGUAGCUCUACUUAGUCGACAUGCUGAAGUGAACAUAACUGACGAAGACGGAAAUACUGCUCUUCAUCUUGCAGUUGGAGAAAAAAAUAUCGCUAUUGUACAAGCCUUAAUUGUUUUUGGAGCCGAUAUAAAUCAUUUGAACAACAACGGGUUCACUCCGCGUCACCUGGCCGCCCUGGAGAACGAUCAGGUGGGGGAGAAGGUGCUGUACAUUCUGCACGCGGUGGGCGCAUCGCGCUGUGACAGUGGGGUGCUUGGCUGCACCGAUGGAUGCGCGCGCAGUGGCACCUACAAUGGGCAGGCGCCUCCCACGCCCAUAGGACAACAGGCUCGUGCAAUUCUGCGAUGCUUCGAGAACCACGGCAACCUGCAGAACUUGAAAGAAACGAAAGGAGGCAGAUUGCUGUGCCUGGAUGGUGGCGGAAUAAGAGGCCUCAUUCUUGUUUCCAUUCUUCUCAACUUGGAGUCAGCUGUGAAUCGUCCAAUCAUCCAUUGCUUCGAUUGGUUGGCAGGAACCAGCACAGGGGCCAUAUUGGCGCUCGGAUUGGCUGCCGGUAAAACCCUGAAGGAAUGCCAGUGUUUGUACUUCAGAAUGAAAGAUUACGCUUUCUCGGGGACAAGGCCUUACAGUAGUGAGCCUCUGGAGGACAUGUUGAAGAAUGCUCUUGGGUCAGACACCGUUAUGUCUGAUAUAAGAGAUGUGAAAGUGAUGAUCACCGCCGUCCUAGCUGACAGAAAACCAGUGGACAUGCAUCUGUUCAGAAACUAUGAGAAUCCAAGCGAAAUCAUCGACCCAAACCCCUCCUAUGGAUCGUUUCUCCCUCCCACUCCUCGCCAUGAGCAAUUCCUGUGGCAUGCAGCCAGAGCUAGUGGGGCGGCACCGUCUUAUUUCAAAUCCUGUGAUAGAUUUAUCGAUGGUGGUCUGAUAGCUAACAACCCGACAUUGGAUGCAUUGACCGAAAUCCACGAAUAUAACUUGGCGCUGAAAACAGUUGGUCGAGGCGCUGAGGCGAAACCUCUGACAGUUGUUGUAUCUAUCGGAACUGGAUGUGUACCGGUUACGGCUCAAUCAAAGAGAGUCGAAAUCUUCCGACCAGAGAGUCCAAUGGAUGGAAUGAAGUUCUUGACUGGAGUAUCAGCCCUGGCGAAUCUGUUGGUGGACCAGGCAACACAGGCUGAUGGCCGGGUUAUAGAUCGAUGCAGAUCUUGGUGUUCAAUGAUCAACGUUCCUUUUUUCCGAUUCUCGCCACAACUGUCAGAGGACAUCGCUAUGGAUGAGAAAAGCGAUGAAAAACUAGUGAAUAUGCUUUGGGAAACUCUAGCCUACAUGAUCAGUAAUAAGAAGGAGGUUCAGAAAUUGGCCAUUCUGCUAAAUUAUGAAUUAGACGGAAGCAAACCAAUGGAGUGUAACAACCAGUGAUUACGUUGAAUUAUGCUAGAAGCUAGAAUGUUAAACCAAGUUAUUACUGAGGUAAAAUUUAUGUUAUGUUACUGUUGAAGUAAUGAUAUCCUAUAGUUGGAAAAUUACCGCUGUAUAAUAUUGUACAAAAUUUAAUGUUUUUCAACUCGUGUUCCAAGUAAUUAUGAUAGAUGUGAUAACACUCCUUAAAUUCACAUGUCUUCACAAAUACUCGUUAUUCAUUGAUAUAGAAAAUUUAUUUUUCAAAGAAUUUAUAUUCUUUUUAUUAAUCGACUAUUUUAACACGCAAUGUAUAUGCAAUUUGUUAUAUUGCUUUUGCUCUGUAAUUCUUUGUCCUAUUAGUGGAAAUUAUAGUAAUUUUCCACAUGAAUUGAGAAUUUAUUGUAUUGGUUUAAAUUUAUGCUAGUAAGUGAUAAGAUUUAGCUUUAUUUUUAUAUUUUUUUGAAUAUUAAUUCAAACUAUAAAUGAGAAGAAUAUUCUCAAUUUUUUUCAAUAAAAAAUUAUUUUCGAAUCUGUAGAGAUUUAUAGAUUUUGUUAUAAUAUCAUUGCUAGUCUAGGAUAUAGAUUUUUCGAUUUGUGUCUUGUCUUCAAAUACUAUCGUGAUGAUUGUGUAGAGAUUUGUUCUAAUAUUUUUUCAGUUAAAAGAGAUGGUGGUUGAUAGGCUUAAACAUGUGAAGUCAGUGUUGUAAUUCAAUAAUCAAGGUUAGAAAAUAAUCAAAAUCGCAUUGAUGAGUUCUCUAAUCUAUUGGCCAAAACAAACGAAAAUAAAUUUUGGUUUGAUCUAUUUGAAACUUUUUAAUUGGUUACAUAGAGUCAAAUCUAUGCACAAUAUGCCAUGAAAUUGACAGACUUCAUGAUUCAAAACCAAUGAACAUUUCUUCCUGGUAAUGUGUUACUCAUUUAUAAUUUAUAGUUUAUAAUUCAUAUUUAUUUCAUAAACUUUAUUGCUGUUUACAUUAUAAAUUAAAUAAUUUAUUUGCUUCCAAGUUCCAAUUUGACUUCGUAUCUGCACAACUAUAUUGAAAAAAUAAUAUUUGGAUUAGUAAUAAUAAUAAUCAUUAACUUAAUAUUGAGACAAUAACUUGCAUUCCGAUUCAUUAAUGAUGUUUUAUUGUGACAUGUUGGGAAUAUAUUUUAUAAUCAUUAUUUUUUGUAACCUCUACAAUUAAUUAAAAUAACCCACUAACUCAUCAAUCUACUGAUAGAAUACAUCUGUAAGUUAUUAUACCUUUGUAAUGUGAUAUUCAAAAUAUAGCUUCCCGCCUGAUCUACAAUCUAUAAGAUAGUGCUGGCAUUAUCUUGUUCUAGAAUAUAUAUAUUAUAUUGUCUAUUGAUUGUUGAAACAAUACUUUGAGCACUAGAGUGUAAUAUUAUGUGAUAAAUCAAAUUCUUAUCACCAAAGAUGUGUUAAAUUUUCAAAAAGUACUUUUUUAUUUGUGAAAUUUAUCUGGAUAAAAGAUGUUUCUGAAAAA